CGGAUACGUUGGAAAAAGAGUUGAACGAGAUCAAGGCUCUUUUGGAAAAGGAGACGGCGUCGAAAAAGGAGCAGAUGCUUUCGCCCCCGAUUAGGAGGUUGAGAAAGGGUGUGGUCCCCGCCAACAUUUCGACGGGCGCGGCACCGAUCGACGAACCCUCGCCUCUCAAGUCGAGUGGUAGUAGGGUUACUGCUGCCAGAAACGUCAGCAUCCGCAGAUCUAAAGCUAGCUUGCGAUCUCGUUAUUCGAUGACGAGCCCACAACCCUUGUCGGCCUUGCACACCAGUGGAUCCAUCCACUCUUCCUACUAUGGCUCUCAAGCCUCGGCGUCGCUCAUCCCACCGGUACCCCCUCUCAACUCGGCACUCGCAUCUGCUGCGAUCCAUACCGCGUCUGUCAUCUCUUCUGCAGUUCCCUCUGCAGGACCGACCUCUGCCACCCGUAUGCCCAAACGCCACUCGACCGCGCUCUCCCGUCGCUCUUCUUCCUUUUCCGGCACACCCAGAAUCUUCAAUAGAUCGUUUUGGGCGUCAAGAAGGGCUCGAGAGGAAGAGUGGGGG